AUGAUCUUAAAAUUAGCAGCUCUGGUGAUUUUUCUGACGGCGGGAUGGGCGCAAGCUAUAAAUCAAGCCGUUUGGCUUGAGGACAUCACCCUGAACCCCAAGACACGCAACCUUGACCUGGGGUUGCCGGAAAGUCUUCAGUUUAAGCUGAAGCGGAGCGGACACCAAGAUCUGACAUUGAAUCUCGUGGAAAACAAGCGACUGAACCAGAACGCCCCAGUGUACGAGGUCCACACAGAGAAUCAUCAAAAUAAACUGGUCAAGAAAGAAACAUCGCCCAUCACUGAUGUGAAGUUCUACCACGACAAGGAGAACGGUGGAUCGUUCAUGGUUGAAUGCUCCAAGAGAUUGAAGGGCGCGUGCCGACGAACACUGACUGGUAGCUUGGAGAUUCACAAUGAAGCCUUCGAAAUCGAACCAACGGCUGAUUCAUAUGUAUCAAGGUCACUGGCCGUGAACAAGAUUAAUCCCCAUAUGCUCACCAGGGUGGUAGAUCGCACCGGCAAGGGGAACCCCAGCAUUAUUGCUAGACGGGGUCACAAUACCGAAGGGUUAGAAAACAAGCUUGCCAAAGAAAUACGAGGACUCCUCCUAAAAAGAGAGCGGAAUAUAGAGAAACUUCACCAACAUCGUCCGAAGAGACAAGCAACCAACACGUACGCCCUGGAAAUCCUUGUUGGCGUCGACCCUUCCGUCUGGAAAAAGUACUACGCAAAAGCUGUUGCCACGGCCACUAUGACGAAAGAUGCGGCAACCGAGUUGUUCAUCCGGAAACGUUUCUCGCACAUCAUUAACGGGAUAAGUCUUCGCUAUGAAAGCAUCGACGAUUCUGAGUUGAAUAUGUACGUUACUAUGACUGGAAUCAUCAUUUAUAAGACAAUUGCUGCCAAUAAUCCGCUGCCGAAUGGGAAAACGGUGCAGACGGUUGAUGGAAGGGAGGUUGCAGAUGGUGGAUUCUAUUUGGACCAACUGGUCAGCUGGCUUGCCGGUCUCUCGGGCAAGCCCGAUAAUGAUCACGCUAUGGUGUUUACCGAGUACGACAUAUACUCGGUUGAGCAAAAAAAGAGAGAUUACAAUGUGAUUGGCAUGGCCCCGAUGAAUGGUGUAUGUACGAGCGAGCGUGUGUCCAUCCAAGAGGACAACGACUACUUUCAAACAAUAAGUACCGCUGCGCACGAAUUAGGACACAAUCUUGGUUCCGACCACGACGGCGAAAAAGAAGAUGCGAUCGCCUUCGCUUGUUCAGCCGACUCUACGUUCAUCAUGGCCCCGUCCACGUCCUCAUUCAGUCGCGACGAUGCGUACACGGUGAACCCAUGGCACUUCUCGAAAUGCUCUGUAAAGCAAUUCAAAAAGUACAUCAAGUCGCUGGGUAAAAACAACUGCCUGCUGGACGCCGGAGAAUCCAUGGACGAGUACAAAAUCCACUCGAGCAAGCAACCCGGGGAGCUGUACUCGCCCGCAGAACAAUGCAAGCUCGAAUACGGGCAAGAAUCUGAAUUGGGGUGCGGCCAGUCGGCCACAGACCCACGGAUAUGCCUGCACAUGUCAUGCAAGCAGCGUGACGGUGAAUGUACCGACAUUGCUGCCGCCCGAGGCACUCCGUGCGACAAGCCUUCACUGAACAAGUGGUGCAAAGAAGGACUGUGUGUCGAUAAAGGGGCGUCCGGUUAUCAAACGGUUACGGCAAACAAUACACCAACGACGAUAUCUACGCGGCCUUCGACGACUAAGGCAGCGAGUACGGCCCUCAUACCGGAAGAAUGCUCCGAUUGCACCGACUGCUGCUGGUACAACAAGCUUUGUGAAGAAGUGAGCGCCGACUUCGAGGACAUAUACGACUACGAGCCUGACUUCUUGUGUGACGACACCUCCGGGCGGGACCGUUGUUACGCCACGUGCAUGUAAGACGAUUGGCAAUGUGGGCAAGAAAUAAUCGCGAAAACAUGCUCUGUUACGGCGGUCCCUCUGUUACCACGGACACAAAUUGCUUGCAACAAUUAUAUACAUGUAUUACGUUUUUUGACACAACUUUAUAUUGACAUUUCUUUUCUAAUAAACAAAGCAUCUCCGAA